AAAACCCAAAGGGUAAGGAAAUGUGUAAAAACCGUGUCCUACCCUCCAAAAAACCGCAACGCAAAAUUCGCCGGCGAAAUUUAUUACCGGCGGGAAACCUGGUCGCCGGAAUUGGCACGCUUCAUCGGAGCCUAUGAAACCAAAUCCGUUCAUAUUCACGAAACCUUAUUCAAUUCCAUCGAUAUUUUCACGAUAUUUUCCCUUCUCCACUCACAAUCGCCAUUCCUUCAACGACUCCGUUGCAGGAUGCAGCGCCGUUUAUCGUCACGCGCUCCAAUUCCAGCGCCCCGCCACUAUUCGGUGGAGCCCGCGCCUGGAGAACACCGCCAGCUUCAUCGGCUCUGUCACGCGCGAGCCGGCGCGUGUUAACUCAAAAACCGGUAACUUCGGAAUUCACACUGUGCUCAAGGUUCGAAUAUCCAACCAAGCAAAUAGCUCCUUUAUAAGGGUGCUUCUGAUGAUGUGGAACAGUGUGGCAGAACUUGCUUUGGAACACUUAAAACCAGAUGAUUUUAUUUAUGCUUCAGGUUCUUUGGGGUCUUACACUAAACCUGAUGCUGGUGGAAUCCCUCGGUUGAAAUAUAAGCUAUAUGUGAAGGAGUUCAAGUUUGUUACUCAAAGGUCUGGUUAUCAAGGCCACGAGAAGUUGGAAUCAGGUAAAGCAAACGUUGGCAUGCAAAAUAAUCAAAAUCGGCUUCACCUCUGGCAAGUGUUUUUUUCCAAUCCAAAUGAGUGGUGGGAUCAAAGAAAGCGCAAGUUAAAUUCAAAACAGCCUGAUUUUAAGCACAAGGAUACUGGUGAAGUUCUGUGGUUAAGUCCAUAUGAUCCUCCAUGGGUUAGAAGACAACUCCAAUUGCUAGACUCAGAAAUGGCAGGAGGUCGUCAUCAUUCUCGUGUCUCAAACUGGGUUUACGAUGAUUAGUCUAUAUGGCUAAAAGACGAUGUGUGUCGGUAAUGGAAAUUAUACACUAUAGCUUUGUACAUACUCUUAGCAUAUGGAACGAAAUGUACAGCAAAGUGAUAGUGGCACCAUUUAUUAAGAGAAUGGAAAUCACUAUGAUAAUGUUAGUGACCAUAUUCUACGGGCAAACCAUCUCAGCUGUGAGAAAGCUUGGCCCUGUUGAUAAUUACUCAGAAGCCUGAAAGAAUGAAAGAGGUAAAGUUAAUGACUCGAAUUCGUGGUCUAACCUGAAAAGGUUGUGGUUUGACCAAUUUGGUGAAGAAAUAUUUUAAAAUAUUUCUUUAGUAUUUGGUUUUAGUUGAGUUAUCGGGCCCGAGACAAGAGCCCACUACUGAUCCUGGUCGGGCGUGCGAGGCUCGAUCCCUAUGAUUUGGACCUUUAUGUUUUGGGUUAGGAUUUUAUAAACACUAAUAUAAUACUGCUAUAACAAUUUUUGUUUUUUCA